ACGGCGCCGCGGCCACUAGCGCUGCGCCGCCAGCCGGGAACCAGCGAGCCAAGGGCCAGGAAGGCAGGACGCGACCCCGGCGCGCCGGAGCCACCUGGGCUCUCCCCGCCGCCCACGCUUCAUGAAUCGCAAGUUUCCGCGGCGGCGGCGGCUGCGGGACGCGGAGCGGGAGCCGGGGGAGCGGGCUGAGCGCGGCUCGGGCUCGACGGAGGGCACCGGCGCGGAGGAGAUCUCCCCGGCCGCAGGGGGAGCCGCCGCCGGCUGCGCCACUGCCAGCCGCAGCCGGGCGGCGCCAAGAAAGGAGCCGAGAAAGUAUGGCUGAAGAGGAGGCGCCUAAGAAGUCCCGGGCCGCCGGCGGCCGCGCGAGCUGGGAACUUUAUGCCGGGGCGCUCCCGGCUGGACGGGUGGCGGAGGGGAGCGGGGACGCGGGCAGCCGCCGCCGCCGCCGCCCCCCAGGUGAUUCUGGACGCUUGGCGCCUCGGCUCCUGCUACUGCUUUGGCUCCUGGAGGCUCCGCUGCUGCUGGGGGUCCGGGGACAGGCGGUGGGCCAGGGGCCGGGUCCGGGGCAGCAGCCCCCGCCGCCGCCGCCGCCUCAGCAGCAGCAGAGCGGGCAACAGUACAACGGCGAGAGAGGCAUCUCCAUCCCGGACCACGGCUACUGCCAGCCCAUCUCCAUCCCGCUGUGCACGGACAUUGCGUACAACCAGACCAUCAUGCCCAACCUUUUGGGCCACACGAACCAAGAGGAUGCGGGCCUCGAGGUGCACCAGUUCUACCCCUUGGUGAAGGUGCAGUGCUCGGCGGAACUCAAAUUCUUCCUGUGCUCCAUGUACGCGCCCGUGUGCACCGUGCUAGAGCAGGCUCUGCCGCCCUGCCGCUCCCUGUGUGAGCGCGCGCGCCAGGGCUGCGAGGCGCUCAUGAACAAGUUCGGCUUCCAGUGGCCUGACACGCUCAAGUGCGAAAAGUUCCCGGUGCACGGCGCCGGCGAGCUGUGCGUGGGCCAGAACACGUCGGACAAGGGCACCCCGACGCCCUCGUUGCUGCCGGAGUUCUGGACCAGCAACCCUCAGCACGGCGGCGGGGGGCACCGUGGCGGAGGCUUUCCGGGGGGCGCCGGCGCGUCGGAGCGAGGCAAGUUCUCGUGCCCGCGCGCCCUCAAGGUGCCCUCCUACCUCAACUACCACUUCCUGGGCGAGAAAGACUGCGGUGCGCCCUGUGAGCCGACCAAGGUGUACGGGCUCAUGUACUUUGGACCCGAAGAGCUGCGCUUCUCGCGCACCUGGAUCGGCAUCUGGUCAGUGCUGUGCUGCGCCUCCACGCUCUUCACGGUGCUCACGUACCUGGUGGACAUGCGGCGCUUCAGCUAUCCGGAGCGGCCCAUUAUCUUCCUGUCGGGCUGCUACACGGCAGUGGCCGUGGCCUACAUCGCCGGCUUCCUGCUGGAGGACCGAGUGGUGUGUAACGACAAGUUCUCCGAGGAUGGGGCGCGCACAGUGGCGCAGGGCACCAAGAAGGAGGGCUGCACCAUCCUUUUCAUGAUGCUCUACUUCUUUAGCAUGGCCAGCUCCAUCUGGUGGGUGAUUCUGUCGCUCACCUGGUUCCUGGCAGCGGGCAUGAAGUGGGGUCACGAAGCCAUCGAGGCUAACUCGCAGUAUUUUCACCUGGCCGCCUGGGCUGUGCCGGCCAUCAAGACCAUCACCAUCCUGGCGCUGGGCCAGGUGGAUGGCGACGUGCUGAGCGGGGUGUGCUUCGUGGGGCUCAACAAUGUGGACGCGCUGCGCGGCUUCGUGCUGGCGCCACUCUUCGUGUACCUGUUCAUCGGCACGUCUUUCCUGCUGGCCGGCUUCGUGUCCCUCUUCCGCAUUCGCACCAUCAUGAAGCACGACGGCACCAAGACCGAGAAGCUGGAGAAGCUCAUGGUGCGCAUCGGCGUCUUCAGCGUGCUUUACACGGUGCCAGCCACUAUCGUCAUCGCCUGCUACUUCUACGAGCAGGCCUUCCGGGACCAGUGGGAGCGCAGCUGGGUGGCCCAGAGCUGCAAGAGCUAUGCCAUCCCCUGCCCCCACCUCCAGGCGGGUGGAGGCGCCCCGCCGCACCCGCCCAUGAGCCCAGACUUCACAGUCUUCAUGAUCAAGUACCUUAUGACGCUGAUCGUGGGCAUCACGUCAGGCUUCUGGAUCUGGUCCGGCAAGACCCUCAACUCCUGGAGGAAGUUCUAUACCAGGCUCACCAACAGCAAACAGGGAGAGACCACCGUCUGACACCCGGGGGCUCAGCCCAUUCCCAGCCGUCGGCUUCGUCCCAGCCAUCCCCAUAAAGCCGGCCCUGUGGAAGCCUUGCCAAACCUGGCUACUUGAGGCUUCCUCACUAGCCGUUCACUUUUCGCAGGCUCCUUUUUAACAGCACAGCUCCUGCAAAAGCUUCCGUCCCUGGGGUCAAACGGACUGGAGGGCCCGACUACAGCAGGGGGGAUAGACAGACCUCUCUCGUUCUCACACUCUGGUACCAGGACUGUACGCUUUUAUGAUUGUAAAUAGCCUGUGUAAGAUUUUUGUAAGUAUAUUUGUAUUUAAAUGACCGAUCACGCGUUUUUCUUUUUCUUUCUCUCCCCCCCCCCAUUUUUUUUGGUUUUGUUUAAAUUUUAAUUAUUUAGGGCCGUUUAACCAUUUGAAGCUUUUCCUUCUUUCCCUUUUCAAAGCACUGCAGAGGUAAAACGCGAGCUCGCGGUGCUCUCGCUUGUUCUGGCGCGCCCCUCCCUGCGGCAGUCCGGGUGCGUCUGGGACUGAGGGGCCUGGGUCACUUCCCGCCUCCUCUUUCUACUCCCCCCUUUCCCUUCAGUGCUUGGGGUCAGGUUUCUUUAGAUACAGAACUCCACGGAGCUUCCAAA